AGGCCGGGGCGCCGCGGCCAUGGACGAGGAGGACACGAGAGAUUAUAACGAGCCCUGUGUACAAUGUUCUGAUGUAAACUGGGGUCUUACCGACGAAGGCAAAUUUUAUUGUAAAUCUUGUCACAAUGUUAUAGAGAGAACUAAAGAGGUUUUAGUUUCUGAUGCUAUUCCUAAUACCAAGAUCCAGUCACUCUCCAAAGGAUUAAGAAAGAGGAAAAAAAUUGAUAAAGGCUGGGAAUGGUAUGUUUGUGAAGGCUUUCAGUAUAUACUCAAGAAGCAAGCUGAAGCCCUGCAAAAAUUAGGGGUGUGCCCACGGAUGAAGGAUGAAAUUCUCUGCAGUUUUUGGAGAUGUUACCUUCAGAAGAGCAAACAGGCAUAUUGCCCUAGACCAGUUAAUGACACUCCCCUGGAACUGGUUGUAUCUGACAGUGCUACUGAUGUGGAUAGUGAACCAGAGAGAGUUAGUCCUUUUGACUUGUCAUCUUUCACUGAAAGUGAUAUAGAUUUACAGACAGAAUGCAGCUUUGGACAGAUUUCUUCAGUUGACAAGACCUCAGAAACCAUGUUUGUCUACUCUGGGUCGAUUGAUGGUAGCUCGUAUGUACUUAAGAGGAGAAAAGGAAACAUGAGGAUGUCAAUGCCAAUGACACUUUCAUUCUGUUAUAUGGCAUUACUGUGGCUGAAAGAACCAAUGACCUUGUCGGAUCUCUUAAGGUUUGUUGCUGAAGGUCAUAUUCCUUACAUAAAUGCUUUUCAGUAUUUUCCAGAGGAGAUUAAAUUGUAUGGACUUGAUCUCAAAAUCUUUCGUGUGGAGUCUUGGCCUGAGUAUGAAGAUGUACAUAACAAGAUGCUUGAACUUGCAGCAUUUUUAGACUUGCCUCGCUUUCCAGCUAUAACUGACAGCUGCUUUCUUCAUCCAGACAUGUUGUGCAUAAAGUAUUUGAUGGAAGCCAACUUACCUGAUGAAUUGCACAGUUGGACUUGCAGAGUGGUAAAAAAGACCGGUGUUGGAGAAACAAACUUUCUGACUCUUGAUGCAGAGAAUAAAUCAGCAAGGAAAGCAAAUUAUGAUAUUCUUUCUGUAGCCAUCAUCAUAGUGGUGCUCAAGUUACUGCUUUUACUAAAUGAUCAAUAUGAAUGGGUACUUUCAAACUUUGCUGAAGAAAGAAACAAAAAGAACAAAGAAGGCCGCCUAUGGUUUGAUUUCAGAAAGUGGUACAAGGUAGUAAAGAAAUCUUUGGAUAUAGAGCAAAAGAAAUUGGCUGAAGAGCGUGCCAGGUGUCUGUGGAAAUGUGAAAAGCCACUAUUCUACUCAGCUAAGCAAAAAGCUGCCAUUUUAAAGAAAAGACAAAUGAUACUGAGCUUACAAAAACAGUUUGGUGCACUGACAGAUUCACCUCAAGUUACUGAAAAGCAAAGCCCUUCAAGUUUCCAGUUAAGCUGGGAUGAAGAAAACGCAGAUGGAAGUUGUUUUCAUGGGCAUAGCCUGGAGGGAUUUUUGCAAGAAAAAGGCGAUUUGCAUAGACCCGUGAACCCUGAAUAUUGGCUUUGUACAGUCAAACUAUGUAACAAAAAGAUAUGUGGGCAUCUGGCACACUAUAAAGAAGGAGACUUUUCAAAGAGCUACCAGUUCAUCCUAAACCUCUUCUCCUUCCUUCUAAGGGUAGAUGUUUCCCUUAUCCAUGAGGAGGUGUGUUUGAUAGAACACAAGCUUUUCAAUGCAAGACUUCAUAAGAAGUCAAAAAAACAAUCCAAGCCCAAGGAAGUGGAAAUUCCUAAAGCUCCUGGAAAUACAGGCUAAAUGAAGAGUGCCCUCAGUUGUACAGUACAACCCCCUCACAUCUUUGAGUCUAUGAGGACUUCUGUCAGAUGGAGAAUGAUGAUUCAUGAGCGUCAGGAUCAGGUUGCCUGAUUGGGGCUAAGGUUUCUCUUUGUUUAUAUUAUAAAGAACAAUUUUGAAUUGGAGGUAGAGCUCCAAAACCAGCUGUUUAUUUCCAUGUCAUGAGAAUGAAUUAAAAGUUAUGGAAAUAGGUUGUGGGAAGUAUUCCUUUAACCAAAGACUUUGAAAUUCAAAAUAAAGUUUUUUACCUAAUGUCUUA